UCAGAUGAGAUGUAAAAAAAAUGUUAUAUUUGCAGUUAUUUAAGUCAUAGUGGUUUAAUUUAAAAUGUUUAAGAACAUUUUACUAUUUUGUAUUAAAAUCGUUCAUAGUUAAUGUAUAGAACGCCUAGUAAAUAAGAAAUAAAAAUUAUUCACGGCCUAAGGAUGGAUAAAAAACCAGUUCCUUUGUACAUAGGCGAUAAUUUAAGAACCCUAAAUCUAUUAGUAAAAGAUAAUACCUUCAAAGGAUUCAAAAAAGUCGACAGACUACCAGCUCUGGCAAAUAGAUUGAUGACGGAACUUCUUCAAGUUCAAAAUGAUCAAGAAAAAUGCUACAUCAUAUCGAAACGUUACCUAAAUCUAAUGGACAUCUUUUUCAAACUAACUCAUGACAAAAGUUUUGCAGAGAUUCGUUAUCGUAGCGACUAUAACAAAGUGCAAAGCAUUGUAAAAGAACUAGAAAUUGAUUUGGCAGCUAGGUAUAAAGAGUUGGCCCAAAAACAAGCCGAAGAAAUCACUGCUAAAGAUGAACAACCAUCUACAUCGACCGUUUCACCAUAUAUUAAGCCAACAGUAGAUGAUGCUGGUGCAGGAGAUGACAGAUCCGAUAAGUCACCUAUAUUUGACAAGAUCUACAUAACACCUGUGGAUUUAUUUAAUGCUUUGAUGAAAAAGACAAAUCUUUUGAUCGUGGACAUUCGUCCUGCAAAGGAUUUUACAGAAUCAUUCAUUUCUGCCGAGGAAGGACACAUCAUCAAUAUUCCUGGAGAAAUUCUGGUUCCAGGACUUUCCGCAAACACUUUGGGCCAACGUUUGGAAGGUAAUACCCAGGAAAUAUGGAACCAAAGAGAUACAUUUGACGUUAUCGUACUCAUGGAUUGGGACACAGAUGAUUUUAAUUUUGCCGGUUCUAAGAUAGAACGCUUACGUAUAUGCAUUGUCGAAUGGGAUUUCAAUCGUGUAUAUCGCCAAGAUCCCGUUAUUCUAUUAGGAGGACUAAAAGAAUUCUUAGAGUGGUAUCCAACUGAAGUUACAAACAGCUUUGUCUUUUUGUCACAAACCAAUUCCGAACUGGAAGAUAUACUAACAUUAGAUGAAGUAUCUUAUCCUGAAGCAGGAUCUGCUCCUAAUCGUAACAUUAACAUUAUCAGUUCAUUUACUGAUGUCAAUGCCCGUAUUAAACGAGACUUUGGCGAUGCGGAAGAGGGAGCAAAUGUUCCUACACGCUCCAGUCGUUCGGAAGGGCAAUUACCCAAAGAUUUCUAUUCGGCUCAGGAAGGUGUUAGUCCUUACAGAAGCUUAUCACAAGAAUCUCUUCCUAAAGAUUACUUUUCUGUGGAGUCUAUCACCGAACCUCCACCGACUACUAUUAUUGAAUCAGAACCUCACAAAGAGGUUAUUUUUGAAAAGGACAUUGAGCAGCCUUCGAAAGAUGAAGAAGCUGAAAUUAAAAAUGCUAUUGAAGGUGAUAGAACCUUAUUAUUGUAUAAAGCUCGUGCUUUGAAGCCGAAAAUUGGUCAGGAAUCCCCCAGAACUGAUCCUAGGGAUAUCAUAAUAAAGAACUUAAUUGAAGAGAACAAGGAACUUUUUAAACCGCCUGCAGUUGAUCGAUCAUACAAGCCUUUCCAACCCAUUGUGCCCAAACAUCAAGGAAUGGUUGGGGAUGGUUAUACUGGCCUCAGAAAUUUGAGAAACAAUUGCUAUAUGAAUUGCAUGCUACAAUGUCUGAAGGUGCUCCCAUUGAUUAAAUCGAUGUUUGUGACGUCGAACAGUUACAUAAAACAUAUUCACAAGCAGCCACCUGUCAUUACGACCCACUUUGCCACUGUGAUGAAAACUAUAUGGGAAGGUACCGCAAAGAACUGUAAAACAUAUUAUCCCCAAUCCUUUUUUAACAAAGUAUAUGAGCUUAACCCAGUCUACAGCAAAGGCAACCAUGAGGACACCUUUGAAUUUUUCAUCUUUCUAUUCAACCACCUUAGCGAAGACUGCUCUUUCGACCUCGUACGCCCUAAAGUGAUGACUGAUCGUGAGAGAUCUUGGUACAGUCAGCUCCAGGGUCGCUCCUCUUACUUUGUCGAACUUUUUUAUUACCAGUUGAAGAAUACAAAAAUUUGCUGGUGCUGCCAGAAACCCAAUUUAAACUUCGACAGUGACAGCUCCCUUAUGUUGCCUGUACCUGUCAAAAACGAAAGUGUCAGGCUCGAAGCGCUGCUGAAGGAAUACCUGAAGGAGAAUCUGGUGUCGGAAUACUCCUGCUCUGAAUGCAAGUCCUCUGCCACAAUUGUUAAUAGAAAAGCCAUUGUUAUUGAUCCUGAAAUCCUUGUCAUUGUCUUAAAAAGAUAUGUUGCUGAGAAAGAUGGGACAUUCCGCAAGAACGAAUUGGAAAUUGAAUUCCCCAUGGACAAGUUAGAGUUUGGUAAUUCCUAUUAUAGACUCUACUCGAUUCCACAGCAUAGUGGAUCGAUGAGUUGUGGUCAUUACUAUGCCUCCAUCCUCCUGAAUGAUGAACGGAAUACAUGGGUUCUCUUCAACGAUGAAAGAGUGACUCCAUACAAUUGCGCCAUUACUGAUGUACCAGGUAUAAAGUCAUCCUGUGUAGGAUUUUUCUAUGUACGCCAAGGCCCAAUAAAAAAUGAUUGAAUGUGAUAAUUUGAGCUUUAAAGGACUGAUAGAUUUAAGGUAAUAGAUGUCGAGUCAUUCCAUUUUGAUAACUGGUAUUUUUGAUAAAAAAUGAUAUUACCCCAUAUUAGUUUUAGUUUGAUUCAUACAUCUCACUAGUAAGUGCCUAAUUAGUAACGUACGAAUUAUUUUACUGCAACCGAUAUUUGUCAAAAUACGUUAUACCCUACAGCAAUUUUUGACUUCAUUUCGUCAGUUUAAGGUAAUUAUUAAAUUGAAAUAACACAUUCUUAAUAUAGGAGCAUAGUAAUAAAUUUAAAUAAAUGUAUUGAACGCAUGAAGUACUUAAUAUUAAAAUAAUUUAAAAAAAUAUUUUCUUUGUAGCAAGAAAAUUUUUCUUGAAGUUUGUUGUCUCUUCAGAAAAACAUUUGGAUUAAUAAUUUUUGUGGUUUGAUGUAUACUUUUUAUUGUAAUUUCAGUAUACCGGGUGCUUAUUUUUCAAAAUUUGA